GUGAUCCAGAGAUCCAGAGACAACCGGGCAGAAAAUAAUUAACAAUUUCAUAGUACUGGCACCCUUGAUUAACGCCGCAUAUGUUCCACUUUCGACGAACGAGAUGUGAAUCGUAAUUGUUUUGUUGUAAACAUUCGACAGUGUCCGAUUUGGUCGAUGUUCUUUUACUCUAUGAAUGGAAAGUCGGGAUUUCUGGCGCACACCACGGUUCGUUUGUUUUGUGCGAUCUGGAAUUCUUCGAAAUAACCGAGAUUUUGUGAUAGUUUUCAGAACUGCAGGCUAAGACAAUCAUCAGCAGCAGCAUGUCACCGACGGCAACUUUAAUUUCACCUUCAAGCAGCUUCUCUUCCCCCCUCACGUCCAGUAGAGGUCGACUUCAGGAUUUUAGCAAUACCGGCUCUGCUAGUUCCAUCCUUACCAGUUUUCCUGCAACCAACUGGUACCAGUACCAAAACACUGACAAUUAUCGACCAAAGAUUUUGAACCCCGCCUGGAAUACAUUAUCGGCUUCCCAAUACUCCUACAACAUAUUCAGCAACCCUUAUUCCAAUCAGACUAUUUGCGACCCUUUGACUGAGAUCGUAGAUCAAUUUGCAGACUUUGCCAUCGAUCGGAGGACCCUCAAGAAACCACCUGCUACGUAUUUGUGCCAUCUCUGCUUCCAAAAAGGCCACUACAUCAAGGAUUGUCCGCAAAGGCCUUUGGAGAAACCUGACGGUCUGGAUGUUUCAGACCAAUCUAAAGUCCAUCCUCAACAUCUGUGCCAAAAAUGCAAAGAGCUUGGAUAUUACUGUAGGAGAGUGCAAUGAGGGUAUACAUUUUUUGUUGAGUCUUUUAUCGUUGCUUUAAUAUUUGUUUCUGAACUUAUUAUUUUAUAUUGAUUACCUAGUAUUAUAUUUCAGAAAAUUAUGUUUUAUAUUUGAUUAUUUUUCACAUUUAUUUACACUUUUUAUUUUUUUACUGGUAUUGUUUAAUGUACUUAAAUCAUAUACAUGUUAUUCUAAAUAUGUUAUAAAUAUUAAUGUUUAUUUUCAAA